CCGCUCAGCGUUCAGCUUCUUCUGUCAGCGCGCUCCUCCGAGCUCUUAUUCAUUCUCAGACAAGCGCAGGCACAAUUAACAUGGCUGAGGAGGUACAUACCGGUCAUUCCCCGGAUUUAGACAACGCUCGAGAGCACGGGAUGAACUUGCAUAAGCGCCAAUCGCGCGUUACGGUAAAAUACAACCGCAAACAGCUUCAGAAAAGGUUGGACGUGGAGAAAUGGAUCGACGAAGGGCUGGACAAGCUGUACGAAGGCAAGGACAUGCCAGAAGAAGUGAACAUUGAUGAUUUGUUGGAUCUCCCAAGUGAUGAAGAGCGAACACACAAACUACAGGUUCUUCUGCAGACCUGCACCAGCAGUACUGAGGCUUUUAUUGCUGAGCUGUUGCAGAAGCUGCAUGGUCUCCAUAAACAGGAAGAGCUGCAGAAUGAAGGAAUUGAGCAUCCCUGUCUCCACACUUAUCCCCAUCACCAUGGCAACAUCCAUCAUCACAGAGGCAACCAUCAACAUCCAACACAUCAGACACUGUGAUUGCAUCCAGUUUGGAUAAUUGUGCUCACUGAACUGAGCUCUCUAACACAGACUCAGGACACACAUGAUGUAUGCAACUAGUUUAUCAACUCUGUAACUGUGAGGUGUUUGUUUACAAAGAGUGGUAUAUUAACAGUGUUCAAAAUUCCUCAUCACUGUUGGUAAGUAAAUCUAUGCAGUAGCAUUAAUUUGUUUGCAGGGUUCUUGGUUGCUUGACUCAGUUAGGACUGAUUAGUGAAACUAGCAGUGUGCAAGUUUAAUCUGGUGAUAUUGGUUGUCUUCGGAGUAUCUUCAUUCCCACAGCUUCACAAAACUAUACUAAAUGUUAUGUUAAUCACAGGAAAGUACCACAUCUGAGUAGUCAUUAUAUAUACGGACAUAUUGUUAAAGUUAAUAAUGUUUAUGAAUUGAAGAUUUCAUGCAAUAAAUGUUUAAUAAAAGUAACAAUUAUUUUGAA